AUGGUGUUUAAGAGCAUGUUUCGCGAGUAUCUGCAACUGCACGGAUAUUCAAAUUGGAGCUCGUUGUACGAUGUGGAGAAGUUGAAGCGCAUUACGUGGGACCAAGUGCCCAUCGUGGCGGCUACGUACUACGCGGAUCAAUACGUCGAUUUCCAUCUUUCAAACGAGGUCAAGCGGAAGUAUUUUGCAAGGGAUAAUCUAAGGCAGUUUAUUAUUAAUGAGUAUUUCCAUAAUGGGUCAAGGGCCGAUCCUGAGAAGAUCUUGGGCACAUUAUUUAAAUUAUUAAAGAAUGACGUUGACUGA